CACACAAGGUGGAUUUGUCACCACCGUUUUAAAAGCUCUCUUCUAAUUGGGCUUGUCAUCUUUCCUGCGCGCCACUGAGCGAUGAAAAGAAGGGUAGAGAGAGUAUAGAGAGUUGAAGUACAUGGAAGAGGAGGAGGAAGAAGAAAUAAAGCCUCAUCCUCAUUGUCGUGUCUUGUAUUGAGAAAAAGGAAGAUAUGGCUUACGCUCUCAAUCUCUCUUUUCCAUCAUUUUCUUCUACUUCCACUUCCACAAGAAUCAGCUGUCCGUCCAGAGGACUAACGAACAGGAUUUUCUGCUCCUCUCCUCCUCAAUCCUACGGAGAACAUGAUGAUGAAGAUAACUGUAACAGCCAGAAGAAGUGGCUUCAAAAACCUAACCUGGACCCAUCACGUACAUUAUUUGUUGAAAGAUAUGAAGAUGGCACUAUAAAGAGCAGGUAUAUUUUGGAUGAUGACUCACGGCUACAAACUAUUCUAGAGGAACAUAGAUCCAUGAUGAAUGAGCUGCAAGAAGUAAACCCUAACAAUGAAAUUUCCUGGCUCCCACAUGUUUUGAAGGAUUUCAUUUUCCCUGCUGGAUUUCCAGAGUCUGUUUCAGAUGAUUACUUGGAAUACAUGCUAUUGCAGUUCCCUACAAAUGUGACUGCAUGGAUCUGUCACACACUUGUGACAUCGAGCCUCCUGAAGGCUGUAGGUGUAGGCUCUUUCUCGGGGACCACAGCCGCUGCUUCUGCUGCUGCUGUUAGAUGGGUGUCAAAGGAUGGGCUUGGAGCUAUUGGACGCCUAUUCAUUGGUGGGCGCUUUGGGAAUCUUUUCGAUGAUGACCCCAAGCAAUGGCGUAUGUAUGCAGAUUUCAUCGGCAGUGCCGGAAGUAUCUUUGAGCUAACUACACCAUUAUAUCCAGCAUAUUUUCUCCCGCUCGCAUCUUUAGGAAAUCUUGCCAAGGCCAUAGCUAGAGGACUAAAAGACCCCUCAUUUCGUGUGAUUCAAAAUCAUUUUGCCACCUCUGGUAAUCUCGGAGAGGUUGCAGCAAAGGAGGAAGUAUGGGAAGUAGCAGCUCAACUUAUUGGGCUUGCUCUUGGCAUCCUGGUCAUGGAUGCACCUGGAUUCCUUACAUCAUAUCCUAUGUUAGUGUUCACAUGGCUGAGCAUGCGGCUGUUGCACCUUUGGUUGCGGUAUCAGUCACUUUCAGUUCUUAGAUUUACCACAAUAAAUCUCAAGCGUGCUCGAGAUCUUGUGAAAUCACACAUUCUACACUCAACUGUUCCUGGAUAUGGGGAUUGCAACAAGGAAGAAAACAUUUUAUCUUGGGAAAGAUUCUUAAAGCCACGGAUCCAUUUUGGUGUAUCCCUGGAGGAAAUGAUUGGUGGGGAGAGUUCCAGUCAUAUGUUACUGUCCAUGCAGGACAUGCAUACCAUGUCAAAUGUGGGUCAAAUCAAAGCAUUGAAAAAAUGGGCCCCAACCAUGAAGAUUAUGUCAUACAAAUCAGGUGAUCUUCUUGGCACACCUGUUUCAUGGCUUGGAUGUUAUACACACUCAACACCUGGCAUUUGUGUUAAGGUUGAUAGUACCAUUCUGUCGAUUGCGGGUGUUAAGGAUCUUCUAGAGUUAUAUGCAAAGGAGCAUCACAUUCUUGUCAUGAAUAAACCCCAACAACUGAGAGAGUUGGAAAUCUAUGUUUCAUUCAAGGUAGGAGCUACAAGUAUGACGGUCCUCCGAAGUUUAUGGCAGGCCUAUUGGCUCCAUGAGCACUGGGGAGGUUCAGAUCAUGCCCUGGUACAGCUCAGGAAGUCUCUUUUCGAAUUGGAAGGAAGAUUUAAUGAUUUUCUUCAGCAGUUGGAGGGAUCUGGCUGGGAUAUCUGCAAGAUCAACCUCAAGGUGCCAAAGGAACUUGUUAUUGAAGUAACUGCACCAAUGAGUUUCCCCAUAGACCAGUAAUUGUGCUGUCCUGUCACUGCUUCAUGCCCUGCAGAGUAAAUGCCGCUGCUGCUAACUUGGCCCUGUUUAAAUAAGGGAAUCUACAGGCUGUCAAGAUUACUCAUGAUUCACCUCAUGGACCAAGUACCUUUGAUGACUGCCUAGUGUAACUGUAUGGUCAAUGGUUUUAACUGGGUGGGUGUUUUUUUUCUGCCUUAUUCAGAUUCCAGUGUUGAUACAUACUGUAAAAGGUGAUAAUGUUUUGAAAGAGGAAUGAUCAGGUGCUAAAAGUGUACAAUGAAAGCUUGCUAUGGGUGAAUCUUAGCCAUGUAAUGUUAGCAGAGUGUGGGUGCAUGAUGUCCCGUCACUUUCUAAAUAGUUACUCCAAUCUCAUUCUUGCUAUAUUCUGUUCAAA